GAUCUUUGGAUUUGCAGCCUCGCUUUCCUUAACCACCGUGUGCUGCCAUUGGUUGAUCCUUUGUGUUUCUUGCGAGAAGCGGGCACGCAGGUGUGGGCAUGUCGCAGAGUUCUGUGCUCCAUGAUAGUGGUUAACCCACCGUUUCGGGUUCAGAGGCCAUUGAUGCGAUUUGAUCGAUUGGAUAAACUUGCGGGCGAGCUCUGAUUAUUUUGGGGAAGCUUUGGCGGUUUCUGGUAGCCAACGGUGUUGAAAAAAGCGUGAGACACAGGUCAAAACACUAGUUGAUAUUUGAUAGAACCUGAUAGGAUCAUAAAAGCAUUAAAGACAGGAGGUAGGUGCGGGGUAGGGGUGUUGGUCAGGCGACAAUGUUGUUCUUGAUGACAUGGCAUUCAGUGCGUCCGCAAUUCUUCGAUUCGUUUCGUUGAAAACACGACUUGACCCAACAGUGAAAGAGUUCCAGUAAUCGCUUUGGACUAAGUGCACACAUGCCCUAUGAGUCAAACACUAUCAGCCAAGCACAACACUACACAGAUGUCCUUGGUGGACAUCGCCUUGAAAAAAGACUACAUACAUGUUUGCACGACCAACAGUCAGUUGCGUCCACUCCAUGAGGAAAAACCGGUGCAACCAUAGAUUUGUGGGCCUGGUCUCUCCAACAAGUCACGGGCCUGGUCUGAAGCUGGGUGACUCCCGGAUGAACUCCCUCCCGGUGGUGUGGGGUGGAACAUUUCGGGUGGGGGACACCCCUGCUCGCGGCGCCCGGCAUGUAUACCUGCCAAGUCCGCGACGUGCGAAACGGUGCGAAAGUCCGGUACUUUCCGCGAGCGAGGCCACAACCUUCAGCCUUCAUGAGGGCUUGGAGAUCCGAGAGGUGGAUUUCUCCAAAGGAGCUGGUGCUGGCGCUGGCGCUUGGCCCGCUCCCUUGGCCGCCUUUCUGGGCUUCUCGCUGGCGGCGCUGAUCAUGGUGCCCGCGGUGGUGGCGGGGCCCACAGUCGCCAUGCCCCCCGCCUUUGGUGUGCUCUUCUACCAGCUGGCCAUGCUGGCAGGGCAAAGCUGGUUCCCUUGCAUCGUCUCUGCGACCGUCGGGGUGCCUUUUGCGCAUGGACUGCUGCUUGUGCCAAGCAUUACCUUCCAGUAUGCCCUGCCGGCGCUGGUGGCAUCUGCUGCAGGACUCUGUGCUGCUCGGUAUCUGGGUGGCGUUUGGGCGCAGCACCUCUGUCUGCUGCUGCUGGGCCUGCUGUUGCUUUUCCAUGGCUUUUGCAUGUUGCGAGUCAUCAAGAUUGGCCGGUGGCAAUGAGCCUGCAGAGUCUGGCC